AUGCCACCCGCCUGGCACCCUCCCUCCUCCAGCCUCCGAGGCUUCAGCUUCCGCAAACGUGGCCGGCGCCAGUGCGCGUGCGCGUGCGCGUGCGCGGCGGUCCUCGGCGGCGGCGACCCCGCUAAUGCGCGUGCGCGGCGGCCCGGCCCCGCCCCUCCCUGGGUCACGGUGACGGUCCCGGCCCCGCGCGCCUCCGCCUGCACGCCCCGGGGCGGCCGUCCUGCUGUUCGACCUCUGGUUGACGUCUAUCAAGGCUGGUGUGGUCCCUGCAAACCUGCAGUGAGCCUCUUCCAGAAGCUGAGGCUUGAGCUGGGCCUGGACCUCCUACAUUUUGCACUAGCAGAGGCUGACAGUCUUGAUGUCCUUGAGAAGUACCGAGGAAGAUGUGAACCCACCUUUCUGUUUUAUGCGGGGGGCGAGCUGGUGGCAGUGGUGAGGGGAGCCAAUGCCCCCUUGCUGGAGAAAACCAUCUUGGACCAGCUGGAGGCUGAGAAGAAGGUUCUGGCUGAAGGCGGGGAACGAAAAGCGAUUAAAGAUGAGGCAUUGUCCGGGGCAGAGGAACGAUCACCCCAUGAGCAGGAUGAUGGUGAUGAUGAAGAUGUGGCUUCCUCAGGGAAGCCGUACACCUUGGCCAUCAUCAAACCUGAGGCAGUGGCCCAUGGCAAGGCCGACGAGAUCAUCAUGAAGAUCCAGGAGGCCAACUUUGACAUCAUGACACAUGAGGAGAGGACCAUGACAGAGGCAGAAGUGCAAAUUCUCUACCAGCACAGAGCUGGCGAGGAGAUCUUUGAGAAGCUGGUACGUCACAUGUCCACUGGACCCAGCCACCUCCUGAUUCUCACCAGCACCAAGGCCUCCGAGGAUGUGGUCACUGCCUGGCAGACCCUCAUGGGGCCCUGUGACCCCAACGUGGCUAGGCGGGAGCAGCCAGACAGUCUGCGGGCCCAGUAUGGCACAGAGUUGCCCUUUAACGCCGUCCAUGGGAGCCAGGACAGCGAGGCUGCCCGCCUGGAGCUGAGCUUGCUCUUCCCCAACCGCCGGGCAUGGGGUGGAGACUUCUCUGAAAAGGGCCGUGACUUUGCCCAGUCUACCUACACGGAAUAG